AUUUAAAAUAAUUUACAAUUUUUACGAACAAUACUUUUAUUCGCGCCAUGUUUUUACAUAUUUAAAAGUUAAAUCGUGAACAUGUGCAUUCAUUCCGAUUUUUUUUAAAAUAAAUUCAGUUCUAGAAACCUUUAUUAGUUAUCCUUUAGUGAACGUGAAAAAGAGUGAAAUUAAGCGAAAAUACGUGUUUAUUUAAUUGGUUUGGCCAAAAUGCCGACAGACGUGGUAUUCGGCGUAAAUGAGAAAUGGCGCAUCAACCGCAACAUCUUCGUGCUUGGGUUCGCGUUCAUGGUGCAGUUCACCGCGUUCCAUGGCGCGGCCAAUUUGCAGAGCUCCGUGAACAGUGACGCAGGCGCUGGAGCAUUUACCCUGGCUGCUAUAUAUUUUUCGUUGAUAUUGUCGAAUAUACUGCUGCCUGCUGUGGUUAUCAGAUGGCUGGGCUGCAAAUGGACAGUGACCCUGUCCUUCCUAGCGUACAUGCCAUUCAUAGCGGCGCAGUUCUACCCCCGUCUGUACACCCUGGUACCAGCAGGCAUGAUGGUCGGCUUCGGCGGUGGGCCACUAUGGUGUGCCAAGUGCACCUACUUGUCGGUGGUAGCUGAGCCCUAUUCACGGCUAUCGGGAGUGCCAGCAGACGUGCUGGUGGUUCGAUUCUUCGGGCUCUUCUUCAUGUUCUACCAGAUGGCUCAGAUCUGGGGAAACCUCAUCUCUUCAGCCAUUUUGUCAUCAUCGCUUGGUGAGGUGGUUUCAUACACCAACGAAACCAUAGCGCCGACCGCAGCAGCAUUGGUCGGCAACAUCACUUCUCCCAAAGUGGACUUCGGGUCUACCUGUGGAGUCAACUUCUGUAGCGGCAGUGAGGCUCAUGGGAACGCGAACCUUCAACCACCGUCGCCUCUAAAGAUCCAAGUGAUAUCUGGCGUGUACCUGGCGUGUAUGGCGUUCGCCGUCAUCUUAGUCGCUUUUGGCGUGGACUCUCUUAAAAGGUAUAGCACCAAAAGAUCGUGUGAAGGCAAGUCUGGUCUGAAGCUUCUAGCGGUGACGCUCAAGCAACUGCGGCACCGGUACCAGCUGCUUUUACUGCCCGUCAUCGGCUACAUCGGUGCUGAGCAGGCGUUCAUGGCUGCAGACUUCACGCAGGCAUUCGUCGGCUGCGCAUACGGCAUCAACAACAUUGGCUACGUGAUUAUCUGCUUCGGCGUGUUCAAUGCGCUUGCGGCGCCCGUCGCCGGCGCCGUCGUCAAGUUGACCGGACGGUACCCCGUCAUGGUCACUGCUUUGUUGCUAAACAUCGUUCUGCUGACUGCGUUGAUUCUCUGGCGCCCGGACCCUGAUAACUGGCUGGUGUUCUACCUCCUGGCUGCUAUAUGGGGCACUGCAGAUGCUGUGUGGCUUGUGCAGGUCAAUGCUCUGUCUGGAAUAUUGUUCCCUGGCAAUGAAGAAGCCGCGUAUUCCAACUUCAGGCUUUGGGAGGCCACCGGCAGUGUUCUAUCCUAUGCCACGGCGCCAUAUCUUUGCGUAAGAACGAGGCUAUACGUCCUCGUAUGCUUCCUACUCCUGGGCUUCGCCGGCUACACCACCAUCGAGCUGAUGGAGUACCGCGUCAAGCGCGCGCACCAGCUCGAGAGAAACUUCGAACUCGUUGAUAAGAAGGGGGACGAUUGAGGCUGCAAUCAUACCAGUGUAUUCGGGUAAAAUAUUGAACUCUAAUAUCAGGUAAUUCCCAAAAUGGACUCUGAUGUGAUGAUUUUCGGAAUUACAUUUGGAAUGGAAGUGAUACGGAAUUGGGUACCUAUCCGAAUACACAAACUAUAACCUGGCCGAACAUUCUCGUCAUUUAAAAAUGCAAAUGGUUAGGCAGGUUGUUUAAAUGAAUCAAUUCAAACGUAAUACUUGACAUCAUUGUAAAAUGGUGUAAAAUACCAGUUAACACAUUUACAGCGAGCGGGUUGUCUGUUCGUGUUAUCAACUACGCUCGUAGCGGAUAGCUCGCGCUGGCACUGAAUGUGUUAAGUCUUAAGGAAACUCAUCGCCAUUCUGAAAAAGUGAAUAGCAAAAAUCGCUCGAAGGAUGACCGUUCAAGGGUCGCCGAGUCUGGUUAUACUUAACACAUUCACCGCUGAGCUACAGCCGUACCGCUACGUCGUAGCGAAAAUGCUUUGUAGAGGCAAAACGACGUGUCGUGAUUAGCGCGGAAUAAAUAUAAAUAACUAUUAUAGGGACAUUCUUACACAAAUUGACUUAAGUGCCACGGUAUCGCGGUAAGCUCAAGAAGGCUUGUGUUGUGGGUACUAGACAACGAUAUAUAUAAUACUUAUACAAAUACUUAAAUACAUAGAAAAUAUCCAUGACUCAGGAACAAAUAUCUGUGCUCAUCACACAAAUAAAUGCCCUUACCGGGAUUUGAACCCAGGACCAUCGGCUUUACAGGCAGGGUCAAUACCCACUAGGCCAGACCGGUCGUCAAAAAGCGCUGAAUGAGUUAAUAAAAGCUGAUUGUACUACCAGGAUUUAGACAUGGGGCUCUACUCUUACAUAAUAUCCUUACUUAUGUCCAUUUCCUACUAUGCAAUAUGUUAUCACAAAAUGCAUGUUUAGUAAAUUUAAAUAUGUGCCAUAAAAUAAUCAGACGUAGUGAAUACCUAAUCCUUUACCAUAGUAUUUUCACGGAAACCGUGUUAUGCUAUUUCAGUCUGUCUCAGUGCAAAAAAUACUGAGGUUGACUGAAGUAGCAUGACAAAUACGAACGUUGCCGAGAAAAUACGAUAGCAAGGGAUUGUUCACUGCAUCUGUAACCAUGGCAACGUGUGACACUAAAAAGUUAAUUCACCCUUGUAUUUAAUAGUACAACACGAUACAAGUGCGAAAAAUAGGAAAUUCGCAAUGAGUGGCGAUAAAUUAAAACACGACCGAGUUGCGAAUCCUAUUCGCACAUGUAUCGUACAACGUUUUGCAGUACACAUGGUCCUUUAAAUUUUCGACAUAGUUGCGUAAUGUGCUAAUUAUCGCACUAGUGCGGUAAAGUAGCACCAUAUGUAUUGCAAAAUAUUUUGUAUAGGUAUUAAUACUAUUAACAUACAUAUAGUGAUAGUGAUAAUCGCUAGUGAUUUAAAUAUCAUAUUAUUUUUAUAUUAUACUUAGACUUAAGGUACGUAAAACCUCUCUAUAAUUUUCUAAGUUUAUGUUCAAAUUAAUUUUAAGACAGUAAACUAAGUGUAAGUAUAUUGUUUUGCAGGAAAAUAAGAAUAAAACAACAUACAUAUCUCAAUAUUCAUCAUUUUAAUUCUUUCCACAUAAAAUCGGACCCAAAUGUCCGUAAACAGAUAAACAAGCACAUUCAUAAACUAAGUACAAUGCGAAGAAACAAGUGACUAAUACCUUGUUAAACAUAAUUAUUCUAAUAAUAACAUAAGACAAGUCUUUGAGUUAUCAGACACUGUACCGCCAUUCAAAGACGCAUUCAAUAUGUUUUCAAUGUAGCAUUGCUAUUUCGAACGGCAGUGUAGGUAAAUAUUAACACUAGCUGUCUUGCUUUAACGAUGCUAUUUAGAAGAAGAUAGUGAUGUAAAUACACAUCGUCUCCUGCGACACGAGUCCCGGGAUUUCAAAAUAUAUUAUGGACAUAGAAAUACGGUCCUUAAUUAAACGGAAUCCUUAAUUUUAUUGUAAGCACAAUUUAUACACGAGUGAACUACGGCGUAGCAUUUGUAGCUAACGUUUCGUAGCUCUAAUUCUCGUAGCAAAAUUGUAUUAUUCCACUUUAGACUUCUGGAAAGCAUUAGGAAAAAUAGACAUUGAUUCACUUACUGAUUAAUAUUAUUUAGUAACUUCGGAAACAAAAUAGACUAAGUUUUAUGAUUCAGUCGGUAGUAAAAUAACGCUAUAUGAAUAGUAAGUAUGAAAAGAUGAAGUACCAAAUUUUUCUAUAUUAAUAGUUUCAUUUAUGCGUUUUCGCGAAAAUGUCCUAUACCCACAUGGCGCUUUGAUGCUACCGGCAAUUUGGAAAUAGAAGAUGUAAGCUUACAAAGUUUAGUCUAUCUUUUAGUAUCAAAGCCCAUUUCACUGUCAAUAAUGUAGUUUUAUAGUAAAUAACCCUAAAAAGAUGGACGUGGUUUUAAAAUAUUAAAACUAAAUUCAAUGACAGAGAAAUCCACUUGUAAAGCUUCGCCGUGAUAAUUACUAAAUUUUUGGAAAAAUGGACUCGUGUCACGCUUGGAACUCAUUAGAUUCGAAUAAAUUGAAUUAUCUGAUUUUUCUCAUUAAUAGAUUGUUAAGCAAUCUAUUUAAUGAAACAAGCCAACUAACGGCCUGAUUCAAACUUUAAGAUACGUUAAAAUUUUGCUAAAGAUACGAUAUGAAUUGGAUAUGUCAGUAUUAAAACUGACGAUUCUUCAAAUAAAAACGUAACUUUUGACACUGACAUAUCCGAUCCAUAUCGUAUUUUUAGCAAACUUUUGAUGUAUCUUAAAGUUCGAAUCAGGACGUGACUCUAUUCAAUAUCUACACUACUGUCAUCUCUUAAAUCACAUGAAACAAAAAAAUAAUACACACAUAAUCAUUCAUUCGUAAGUCACUGGUCCUAUUAUCCGUUAUUAUACGUUAGUUACAUAAUAAAAGCACUGAUUCUUGAAUAUAAUGCUAAAAUAACAUCACCUAUUUAUAUUUUCAAUUAUUAUCUAUAAUUAAGUAUUAUUGUAUUAACUGAUUUAAAGCGUAGAACCGUAAUACUUUAACAUCUGAAUAUAUUUUCAUUUUAGGAAGACUAUUUUAAGGCACGAGCAAAGAUUUUUAUCACCAAAAUAGCACCUUAAAUAUUUUUUAAAUCGUAUGUGUUGCGAUUAUGCUAAGAUUAUUAUGAUUUCAGUACUAUUUACUAUUGUUAGGUGAUUUAUAUGUUGGAAGACGUACUGUAUAAUGUUAUAGAAAAAU